AUGCCCGAGACGGCGCAAGAGACGUGCACUCCGGUGAAAGACUCUCCCUUCUUCAUUAAGAACUUGCUGAACUGUGAUAGUAAACCAUCCAAACCCAAGCCCAUCUUCGCCUCGGCAAAGGUAGCUUUUGAAGGGGGCUUUUCUCUAUCCCAGGUCGGGGACUUCAACUUUCCUCGCUUUGAGUUACCCACACAGAGGUUUGCCUUACCCGCGCACUAUCUGGAGCGAGCCUCAGCAUGGUGGUAUCCCUACACACUCAGUGCAGCCAGUCAUCUACACAGAACCGAAGUUGCGGAGAAGGCAAGAGCAAGAGACUCCUCUCCAACCUCGUGCACGGAUCGCGACUCGCCAGACCUGGUGCUCAAAUCUGACCCAGACAGCAAAGAAGACGAGGACAACAAAAGUGGGGAUGAAAUAGUUCUUGAAGAGAGUGAUCCUGAGGACACAAAGAAAGACAGUGGGGUAGACGACUGGAAGAAAAACGAGGACGGUGGGGACAAGAAAGCAUGUCGAAAAAAGAAAACACGCACAGUGUUCUCCCGGAGUCAGGUGUUUCAGCUCGAGUCCACCUUUGACAUGAAACGCUACUUGAGCAGUUCGGAGAGGGCCGGAUUGGCAGCGUCCUUGCACCUGACAGAGACCCAGGUAAAGAUUUGGUUCCAGAACAGAAGAAAUAAAUGGAAGAGACAGCUUGCAGCUGAACUAGAGGCUGCCAAUCUGAGCCACGCCACUGCACAGAGGAUAGUGCGAGUGCCCAUCCUCUACCACGAGAACUCUGCCUCAGAGACUGGCAGUGCGACCGGGAACGUGCCUGUGAGCCAGCCGCUCCUCACCUUCCCUCACCACCUCUAUUACUCUCACCCAAUCGUCACCUCUGUGCCGCUACUCAGACCGGUCUGA